AUGUCGGAAGUGGAGUCCCAGGAACCCAGUGCCAAGAGGCAGAAGGUCGACAUUCCCGAGGGAAUGUCCAAAAAUGCAUGGAAGAAGCUUCAAAAGCAAAAAAAAUGGGAGGAUCAGAAGGAUGAGUAUAGAAACAAGAGGAAGGAAAAGAAAAAGGCUGCUAGAGCUCGCAAAGCCGAGCGUAAGGCCAAUGGCACAGAAUUGGAUGACAACUAUCAUCUGCAAGCAAAGAAGGCACUUCCUCAGACACAGAAACCAAGCGGAGUCAAAAUCAUAAUGGACUGUGAAUUCGACGAGUUGAUGAGCGAUAAGGAAAUCGUUUCAAUGAGUAACCAGAUCACGAGAUGUUAUUCGGCCAAAAGGCAUGCCGACUACGAGGUGGACUUGGUUGUGUCGUCUUUCAACAAGCGGUUGAAGGGCCGUUUUGAGAAAAGUGUACUGGACUACACCAAAUGGCAGAACAUGACAUUCAAGGAGAACAAUACGUUGGCUGAGUUGUUACCCUCCAACAAGGACGAGUUGGCCAAGUAUGUUUAUUUGACCGCAGACACUGAAAAUGAACUUGAAGAGUUGGAGGAGGGUCACACCUACAUCAUUGGAGGCAUUGUAGAUAAAAACAGACACAAGAAGUUGUGUUUAAACAAGGCCAACGAGCUUGGAUUGAAGGUGGCCCGGUUGCCUAUUGGUAAGUACAUUGAGAUGAACGGCCGUCAUGUGUUGGCUACGUCUCACGUGUAUGAGAUCAUGGCGUUGUGGUUUGAGAUGGACCACAGCUGGGAGAAAGCAUUCAAUGCUGUACUUCCGCCACGAAAAUUGAAGGCAAAGUCGGAAGAGGCAGAAGAGGGUGAGCAGGACAAGAAGGUGAAGGAGUUGGAGUUGAAAGAGGAAAUAGAUGGAGAAGAAAAGGGAGGAGAUGAAGAGAACUAUAUCGAGGGAAAGGAAGAUGAAGAAAAUGGAGAAGUUGACGAGUAA